AUGACCUUGGACAACAACCUUACUCUAAAUAUUCUACGUAAGGCCGAGGUGGGGGGAUAUGGAAUACUUGCCCAGAUCUGCUACGACGCUCAGUCUGUCAUUGGCCUCGUGAGAGCCGCCGAACGCAAGCAGAGUCCUGCUAUUAUCCAGUUCUUUCCUGUGACCCUUGCCUAUGGUGGAGCUCCCUUCCUUCAGUUUUGCCUCAACGCAGCACGUCAGGCAUCCGUUCCCAUCGCUGUCCAUCUCGAUCAUGCUACUGAUCCGGAGCAUAUCGACCUUGCUCUCAGACUUGCAGAGCAAGGCAUACCAUUCGACAGUAUUAUGGUCGAUGCAAGCCAUGCCGAUACAGACGAAGAGAACAUAGCACUCGCUCGUCCGCACGUCGAGCGAGCAACCAAGUUCGGCGUCGCUGUUGAGGUUGAGCUCGGAAGGCUUGAAGGCGGGGAGGCAGGCUUGCGAAUGAUUUCUGACGCAAAGCUUACGAACCCAGAAAAGGCACAGACAUUCAUGACACAGACUGAUGCAGCAAUUCUCUCACCGAGUAUCGGCAAUCUACAUGGAUCGUAUCUCAAUCCCCCGAACUUUCGUCAAGAGAUCCUGAAAGAUCUUCGCUCGCGGUUCAAUGGCAAAGUUCCACUCUGCCUACACGGAACGGACGAACUCCCUGAUGAGCUCUUUAAGGAAUGCAUCGCGAAUGGCAUAAGCAAAAUCAACAUCAACAGCUGGGCCCGCGAUCCGUAUGUGAAGACGCUCUCGGAGGCUCUGCGAAGCAAGCCCUUUCCAGAAGCGGUAGAGGAGAGCACAGAAGUCUUUGCAGCCGUGUGCGAGCGUUUCUUUGAUCUCUUUGGGUCAACUGGAAAGGCCUAAAGUAAUAGUGAAU